CAAGUUGAUGUGGUCGGUGAGUAAAAUGCUGGAGCUGUAGGUGAUUUUGAAUAAGUUUGAAUAUUUAACAAUAACAAACAGCAGUUCGUUGACUGUUAGCGGUGUUUAGUUGUCAUUUCAGAAGCUACGAGUCUGAAGUCAGCUGAUCGACCUCCUGCUCGUCACCUGUUGGAGUCUGAGUCACCAAUGCAUUGAUAGGAUGAGACGCGUCGACAAGAAGGACGAACCUGCAGUUUACCAACGGGUCGUGUUGAAGAACUCCUCGCCGUACCACUACAUGAAGGUCUGCCUUGUGCUGGAGGAUGCGUCAACCAGACUGAGUGCAGUUGAACUGAAGCUUUUUAUCAUCACAGGUCUGAAGAGUCUGUAUGGAGAGGUGGGAGCAGCAUUGUCCUUUGACCUGUUGAAGUACGAUGAAGACACCCUUACUUUUCUUCUGCGUGUUUACAGCAGGGGUUUGGUGAAGCUGUGGAGCUCCCUGACUCUGCUGGGCUCCUACAAGAACCAGGCCUGUGCCUUCAGAGUGCUGCAGGUGUCUCCGUUCCUGCUUGCGUUGACCGGAAACAGUCGAGAGCUGCAGCUGGACUGAAGGAGGAGGAGCAUUGUAUUCUUCGCGAUGAGUUUCUUGUGGAGCAGUAUCUUUAAUAAACCGCGGCUGUGCCUCUCUUCCA